GGGAAGCCGGGGGGAAAGGGCUCCCCUCAGCCAGCCGAGCGGGGCAGGAGCGGUUUGUUUCCCUCGUGGGGGCUGCUCUUAGCUGCCCCGAGGCACCCAGCAGGGCUGGAGGCACCCUCUGAUGGCGCAAAUUUUCUCCUCUCCUCGGUUAUUAAAGCUGCUCUGCGGGGCAUCUCCCCCAGCCUGGCAUCGUCCCCUGACAUCUCCCCGGGCUGAGACCCCGGCGUGCCCAGGUAACUCAACAGCUUCACAAUGUGUGGUAUCUGGGCCCUGUUUGGAAGCGAUGAGUGCCUUUCUGUCCAGUGUCUAAGUGCCAUGAAGAUCGCACACAGAGGUCCUGAUGCAUUUCGUUUCGAGAAUGUCAAUGGAUUCACCAACUGUUGUUUUGGUUUCCAUCGCCUCGCGGUUGUUGAUCAGCUGUAUGGCAUGCAGCCUAUCCGGGUGAAGAAGUUCCCCUAUCUGUGGCUGUGUUACAAUGGAGAAAUCUACAAUUUCAAACAGUUGCAGAAGCAGUUUGGAUUUGAAUAUCAAACACUGGUGGAUGGUGAGGUUAUCCUUCAUCUUUACAACAAAGGAGGAAUAGAACAAACGGCAUCCAUGCUAGAUGGUGUAUUUGCUUUCAUCCUUCUGGACACAGCAAACAGAAAAGUGUUUCUGGCAAGAGAUACCUAUGGAGUCAGACCACUGUUUAAGGUGCUGACUGAUGAUGGAUUUUUGGGUGUCUGUUCUGAGGCAAAAGGACUUAUCAACUUAAAGCAUUCAGAAUCCUUAUUUCCUAAAGUGGAACCAUUUCUUCCGGGACAUUAUGAAGUGCUGGAUUUGAAGCCUUCUGGCAAGGUUGCAUCAGUAGAAUUAGUAAAGUUUCAUAGUUAUAAAGAUGAACCACUCCAUGCUGCUUGUGAUACAGUGGAAAAUCUGCCUUCAGGCUUUGAUCUUGAAACAGUGAAAAGUAACAUCCGUAUUCUGUUUGAAAAUGCUGUUAGAAAGCGUUUGAUGGCUCACAGAAGGAUUGGUUGUCUUUUGUCAGGGGGCUUAGAUUCCAGUUUGGUUGCAGCCAUUGUUCUGAAACUGAUGAAAGAAAUGAACAUCAAUUAUCCAUUACAAACCUUCGCAAUUGGAAUGGAAAACAGCCCUGAUUUACUGGCUGCCAGAAAGGUGGCAGCACAUAUAGGCAGCGAACAUCAUGAAGUAAUAUUUAAUUCUGAAGAGGGAAUUCAGGCAAUUGAGGAGGUUAUCUUCUCCUUGGAAACCUACGACAUAACAACAGUAAGAGCUUCAAUCGGCAUGUAUCUUGUCUCCAAGUACAUACGCAAGAAAACAGACAGUGUGGUCAUCUUUUCAGGAGAAGGCUCAGAUGAGCUGACACAAGGAUAUAUAUAUUUCCAUAAGGCGCCGUCUCCUGAAGAAGCUGCAGAAGAGAGCGAGAGGCUUCUGAAGGAGCUCUACAUGUUUGAUGUACUUCGUGCAGACAGAACUACUGCAGCACAUGGUCUUGAACUGAGAGUCCCAUUUUUGGAUCAUCGUUUUACUUCUUAUUAUUUAUCUCUACCAGCAGAAAUGCGAACCCCAAAGAAUGGAAUCGAAAAAUACCUUUUAAGACAGUCCUUUGAAGACUCCAACUUACUUCCCAAAGAAAUACUCUGGAGACCCAAAGAAGCUUUCAGUGAUGGUAUAACAUCAGUAAAGAAAUCGUGGUUUUCUAUUCUUCAGGACUAUAUUGAUCAACAGGUUGAUGACCUUCUGCUUGAAAAGGCAGCGGAGAAAUACCCUUUUAAUCCUCCUAAAACAAAAGAAAGUUAUUAUUACCGCCAGAUCUUUGAGAAGCACUACCCAGGACGAAGCAGCUGGCUGCCCCACUACUGGAUGCCAAGAUGGGUUAAAACUGCUGAUCCUUCUGCUCGCACAUUGAAACAUUACAAGUCAGCUGCCCAAGAAUAGGCUGUUGAAAUAAUCCCCCAAAUAGAAGUACUGCAAGCAAUUUGCAUACACUCCACUUUAAAAAUAAAAUAAAGAUAAUAAUAAUAAAAAAAAGAAAUAUGCAAACCUAAAUCUUAAAUGGUCUUGAAGAUGUGUUUUGACAAUGCUACUGGAAAUGAGAGCUUUCUGUGGUUAGUAUACUAUAAAAUAUACUAUAAAAUUCACCCUGCUGUACCCAAAUUUGGGGAUUUAUGGGAAAAUACUUCAUGGACAAGGAACUACUUUAUUCAGCAGCACUGUUUCUUAUGUGGUGGCCUCAAUUGUAUUAAUUUGCCUUGCAGUCAUUUAAUAUAUUUUAAUGUGAACUCUGAUUUUAGGGACUUGAAUAAGGCAAAGUGAUGCGAACUGGUGAAGGUCCUUUGAGCAUAUGGCAACUUCACUGUAGCUGUUUAGUGAUUUGUAUAUCUGGCUGUGGGAUUUGGAUAGGCUGUGUCUAUAUUGUUCUGUUCUGAGUGUCUUUGUAAUAAUUCCCAAGAACCUUGGCCUAGUGUUCAAAAGAUACACGUAGCUAUGGAGAGGUGCUAACUAUAGUUUAUAAUCAUGGUGGUGCUGGUACUUAAUGAAAUUAAAGGAAAUCUUACUCCUUACUGUAAAGCCACCAGUUGGCCAUUUUGAAUCGUUUAAAUGUACCACAAGUUUGAAGGUACUGUGACUGUUAUCAAAGAGCAGAACAGACAAGAAACUGAGUUAUGUCUUUUGUUUCUAACUCAAGGGCUUCAGUUUUUAAAUGUAUUUGUUAUUCUUGAAAACAGAGUGUUAACUGGGUGAUUUGUAUCUGUCUGAUGGAAGUUGCCUGACAUAGUAUUUCAAGAAGUUUUUCACUUAUUGUGAUAAUGUUUCCACCUGUAUGUUGGAGAGGUGGACUGUGUUGCUGUUCAAUUGCAUGUGAUGGACUGUGUGGUGAGCCAGCCCUGUUAGCCAUAUAUUUUAGUCAGACAAAGCACCUGCAAAGACAAUGGGAUUGGAUUCCUUGCUUGGAAAAAGGAAAAGGAGAAAAAGCAAAACAAAACAACAACAAAAAAACCCACCUUGUUCAGUAAGCAUAAAACUUUUCAUUCAAACAAAUUACUUUUUAUUGGGGACAACUUUUUAUUAAUUUGUUUGGUAUAGGGGCCUGCUUUUUUAAAGGUAACAUUAAAUAUGAAGUUGGUCAAAAAUAUACAUAAGUGCUACAGAUCGCCUUGAUUAACAUCAUGCUUUUGAUGAAGUAGUCUAGUUCAAUACCCCUCUCAACAAGGAAACCAAAGCAACUGUUAUUUAAAAGAUAAAAUAUAAGCAAUUAUUUUUUAAAGAUCUUUAUAAAAUGAUUGUCUAUUUAUUACUUUUUUUCCUCCCCCUUCCUAAUCCUGAAUUUGAGUCUGUUCCGAAAGCUUUACUGAAACGUCUCUGGUGCCAUGGAGCCCAUGAGCUGUCCAGCUUUAUUAGUAGUGGCUGUAUUUUGAUUUGCAUGUACUUGUUUUAUGAACGUGGGAUGAGUAAGAUAGCAAGUUCCUGCAGACUUCUUUACUUAAGGGCCACAUGCUUCACCUUCUCGGAUUUUCUUUAAAACAGUAAAGUAUAGUUUGACUUGGCUACUGAUGUGUAGAGGUUUAAUACUCACUGUAAACUUCCCAAGGCACAGAUGAUAGGAAAAAUGAUAGUAAAAAAAAAUAAAAUAUGCACAACUCUGUAUGUAAUGUACUUUCUGCUGCAACACUGUUCAAAUGUUGCUCUUUUUUCAGAUGUAGUGCUAGGCUCUGGCAGGGAUAAGUAAUAUUGUGGAGCAGCCAGGUAUUCAAGGAAAUCCACCAUAUAUAUAUAUAUAUAUAUUAUUUUUUUUUAAUUUCUAAUGAAUUGGGCAUUUACAUAGCAAGGCAAGACUGCAGACUGGUGAUCCUAAUUAUUUUUAGCUUUUCACUGAAGUGCAGAGGAUAAAUACUGCUUGCUGUUUUAUUCUUGUUAGAGGUAUAUAUAUGAGGGGUCUUAGGAGUAAAAAGUUCAUUCCCCAUGUACAGGCUUGACUUUUACAGACUUUCUGACUUCUGUGAAGCUCUGUAGUUCCUUCUUUCUCUGUUUUAAGACCACAGCUACUUGGGAUCAUCUGAUAGGAGGGAAUGGGAUGCAGGUCCAGAAUGCCGUGCUCUCCUGUCUUGUUUUACUUUUCUUUUGUCGUUGCCUCCUUUUCUCACUACAUUUCAUUUGUAGAAAAUUAAGCUGGACUGUUUUGACAGCUUGAGGCAGCUAGUUAGACUAGCAUGUCUGAGGUGGAGUGGAGAAGUCAAGUCAGUGGUCCACCUGGGAGGAAGGAGAAGGAGACAGAUAACUCCCUGGCUUACAGGACUGCUGGGGGAGAACCCGUAUAUUUCUUGCAAAGUGAAUAAAAGUGGUACUCUUUA